AUGGAAUUCUUCGACCACUCUCGGCAUGUCCCGACCCCUAAACCAUUACGCAUCUUAAAGCAGUCUAAACGCGACAGCAAAGCUGUUUUAGCAACUCGCGGCCCCCCAAUCACCAUACCCCGAAGACGUUCCUCCUAUGCCAUUCGUGGUGCGUCUUCCAUCAACAGCUCUACCCUGUCGAAGACAGACAAGGAGAAUUACAAACCGCCGCCACGAAAUAACCAAGAACAUUUGCUCUCACCAACAAGUAUACAUCUUAAUAGAAUGGGAAAAUUGUCGGAAAAAACAAAUGCCCUCGAAGACCCGGCUACUAGCAAAGAAAGAUCUACCGCCAGAAAUGGAUUCUUCUCUCGGGUGACGCAAGCCUUCGAUUUCCGAAGCCGCCAGCUGAGCACUCAAAUGCAUGGUUACCGCGUUCCGACCCCGAAAGCUUGCCCUUCCGCGACCCCCACCCCUUUGAAAGAUGACUCUCUAGAUGAAAACCAUACUUCUACGCCAUCAAGUAUAUCGGGAUGGAAGCAUGACCGGCAACAUACUCCGCCUCUUCCUCUCCAGCGAUUAUCCAUUCCAAGAAAUCGAACCAAGUGCAAAAGCCGCUCACCACAGAAGGCUACUCUUACAACUGCAACGAUAGACGUGACUGCGGAUGCCCUAAAAACAGAAGCAGGAGAUGAGCUAUCAACAUGGUUAUCAGCUGAAGUCUUCGCUAGAGUUGACAACUUAGAGAGCAAUCUAGAAAACCAAUCUUCAACUGAUGUGCCCUUGGAUGUAAUGAUUGUUGUGGAUAAUUCUUCCAGCAUUUCCCCCGAACUUCUUCAUGGCGCUUGCCAGAACGCCUUUCAUGUUGCAUCAUCAUUGGAUAUAUUAAUAGACCGGGUUGCGAUUGGCUGCAUGUCUACGCACCCUGAAAAAUAUUUAAACCUUAUGCUUCCCCUAGAGUCUCACAGUCCAGAUGUUAUCCGCAACGUAUUUCGAUCGCUACCAGCAUUUCAGUUGCUUUAUGAUGACCCAAACAGAGAGCAGCUUUCAGUCGCUCUCAGGGAAGCCGGCGCUUUCUUACUGCGACAUUCCGGUAGAUCUGCCCUCUGCCAUUUAUUUUGUGUUACUGCGCGGUCCAUGAUAAGCAUUCCGGACGGUUGGGGCGAACGAUUGCGUUUUCAUACUAUAUCUCCUGAAAACUCAGUCAUACUCAACACUCCCCUGAUAGUUGGUGGGUGGCACUUAUCUGCGGGCUUGGAUAAUGAUGGUACCGAAACUGCCGUAAAAUCUAGUCUCAGACUUGUCAUAAAACAUCUUCGCAUGGGCAUUGACCCGGGCGUGCUUUCCAAUCUUUCGAUAAACCUCAGUGUUCCCAACAAUUAUGAAAUCAUAGCACUAUUGGGCGAUAUGAAACGCAAAACUCUUCGGCCAGGGGAAUCUUGGGCAGUGUUGGUUAAGGUUAGAGAAUGUGUUCCAGGAGAGAAAAGUGGUAGCUGUACCACAAGUACAGACUCUCUUCUGCUUGAGAACUCGAUGAACACCGAGCAGCUUGAUGACAUGAUUGAUCAACUACAUGGGAUGUUUAAACCAUCGCUUCAAGUGUCUGAAAGCUGCCCCAGAAUUAUUGCAAGUGUUGAGUACUCAAAUUCAUCUCUAUCUAGCUCCACGCUUUUGAAAACCGAAGGAAAAUGUGACUUCAGCUGGCGGAACACUUUGAAAAAAGAAGCUAGCACAGGGAACAAAGAAAACGUCGCCAGCCAUCAAAUGCAAACUCAAGAAGUCAAGACAGGGGCAAACUUUCGUGCUAAAUACCGACCCAGUUCCUGGCGUUUGGGAGUGAGCUUGAUCGACCUUGAAAACCAUGAAGACGAGCUGCUAUUAUAA